AGAAGAAUGUUUGUAGAAUUUAAAUUUUUUCAAGAAAUGGGGAUUUGUUUAUCUUUGUUAAAAUAUUUGUACUGAUUUGUACUUUGUUGAUUGGUGAAAACGUAUAUUUACGUGUCAGAAAUUCCCCACAAAGUACGACAAAGUACAAAUCUACAAAUAGUAGUGAGGUGCUGAUUCAUUAUUUCAUACAUUAUUUUGUAGUUGUUUGAAACUAAAACAUGGAUCAAAAAAAUAUUUUGUGCCUUUUCGACGUUGAUGGUACUUUAACAAAACCCGUAAACGUGAUAGAACCAGAAAUAUAUUCGUUUUUGUUAGACAAAGUAAAGGCACGUUGUACUGUGGGGCUAGUAGGAGGCUCAGACUUCAAGAAAAUUGCAUUCCAGAUGAAUGGGGAUGAUGUAAUUCAUAAAGUGCAUUACGUUUUUUCAGAAAAUGGUCUAGUUCAAUACAAACAUGGAAAAGAAAUUGGACGACAAAGUAUUCAGAAUUUUUUAGGUGAAGAUAAAAUUCAAAAAUUUAUCAAUUUUGUGUUACAAUAUCUCUCAAGGAUAACACUUCCAGUUAAAAGAGGCACCUUUGUGGAGUUCAGAACUGGAAUGCUCAAUAUAUCUCCAAUAGGUAGAAAUUGUUCACAGCAGGAGAGAGAUGCUUUUGAAAUAUAUGAUAAUGAACACCAAGUACGGAAGAUUAUGAUAGAACAGCUCAAGAAAGAAUUCCCAGAUUUCGGUUUAACAUAUAGCAUAGGUGGCCAAAUUAGUUUUGAUGUCUUUCCAAAUGGAUGGGAUAAAACCUAUUGUUUACAAUUGUUAGAAAGAGAAGGCUUUGACGAAAUUCAUUUCUUUGGAGAUAAAACUCAUAAGGGAGGUAAUGAUUAUGAAAUUUAUAGUGAUAAAAGAGUAAUAGGCCACAAAGUUACUGGUCCCUUAGACACCAAAAGACAAUUGGAAGAAUUACUCAAUUUAUAAUAAAUGUAAUAUCUUAUGUUUUAUUUUAUUUAACAUAUUCACGGACACGCUUCACAUGUAGACACGUUUUCUUAUGGAGUAAAUGACUUCAUAUGCAGUCGUGUCCGUGAAUGUGAUAAUAAUAUAGGUACUGUUAAUUUUCAUUAUAUUUUAUACCCAAUAUUUGUCUAAACGAAUGUACCAGAGUUGUAAGAAAUAAAAUUAUUAAUAUUUUU